CGCUGGACAGGCGUUUGGCUAGCGACCGUUGGCUAACGGCUGCGUGAAGUACGGUUGCGCUGAGAAGACCAAGUUUUCUGUGGUGGGAACGGCUAAAAUUUCAAUUUGACCGCAUCCUUGCGAAAGGUGCCGUGUCUGGACCGACAUUUUAGGCUCUGCGACGUGUGGGACGCUUCAGCGGUUGUGGGGGAGCGCCGUGCAUCACUGCGGCUGCUGGAGGAUCUGCUCGGCGGAGGCGAAGACGCCGAGGUUUUGUUGGUAAGACGCCAUCGCUGCAGGUUUUCGGAGGACUGGGCAGGAUUACCAGGAUUAAAAAAGGUAAUAUCCAGUCCCUGCACACCAGUACUGAGAGCUGACAAGUCAUGAGCAGUGGCCAUUCAGGAAAGGGUCACAAUGUCUGCAAUCACUGGACUUCCUACAAGAGGAUCGGACGUAACCGUUCUUGUAGAUAGAGUUCACUUGCAUCCCCUAAGUGUGCUGGUAGAGUUCUGGGGAAAAUUUAGCCUGCAGAGAACAACAGAUUAUCAGAUCUUGGCGGAUGAAAUUCAGUCACAUGGAGCCUUAUUUAAAGACCUAGAGGGAAAUCCCGGAGACCAAUGCUUAGUUCAGAUAGAUGCUACUUGGUACAGGGCACGCAUAGUGUCAAAAAAUGGCUCCAAAUACGAUGUCUUCCUCAUCGACAGAGGGAAGAUGUGUACUGCCACCACAAGCAAGCUAGCAUGGGGUAAAAAGGAGCAUUUCCAGCUGCCCCGUGAAGUGGAGUUUUGCAUACUAGCAAACGUGCUACCCCUGGCAUCUGACAAUAGAUGGUCUCCAAUGGCUCUUGAGUUUCUGAAAUCUUUCAGUGGAAAGUUAGUGCAUGCACAUGUGCAAGACGUGCUGGUGCCAGAAAGAAUGUUUCUUCUGAACAUCCCUUGCAUAUCCAAACAAAUGUAUGAGUUGGGGUUUGCAAAGAAGCUGUCUCCAGUAGCCUUCCACAACUUUCUCGUUAUGUCACUGAAAUCCCUCAACGGAGCCGAAGUGUCAACGGGGGUCCAGCAGCUCCACGCGGGAUCGGGCGAGCCACUGCGGAAACAGGAACUGUUCAUAUACCCGGAGUUGUCAGGAGGAACUGUGGAGACGGUCAUCGUGACAGAGGUGACAAAUCCUCAACAGAUCUUCUGUCAGUUGAAAGUUUUUUCUCACGAGUUAAAAAAACUAACGGAGAGGGUGACGCAGAGCUGCGAGGGCAAAGGGUCCAGUUGCGUUAUAAGCUCGGACAUGAUUGGGUACCCAUGCGCAGCAAGAGGAACAGGCGGUAAGUGGUACCGCUCUGUUAUACAGCAGGUGUUCCAAACAAAUAAAGUGGUGGAGGUGUUGCAUGUGGAUUUUGGAACAAAGCAGUUUGUGCAGAUGGAAAACGUGAGGCCACUGGCUGCAGAGUUCCUUAGGAUGCCAGUUGUCACGUACACGUGCUCCCUCCAUGGGCUCCUUGACAAAAGGACGGGUUGGACGACCAGUGAAAUUGACUUCCUCAGGUCAGUCCUGCUUCACAAGUCUGUAAUAGCAAAGUUUGAGUACCAAAGCAUCACUGAGGAGGUCUACUAUGUCACGCUCUAUGGUGACGACAACAUAAACUUAAACACCUUGUUUGGUUCCAAAGAAAUCAGUUUCGUCAGGUAUGAGAAACCACCUGGGCAUUGUGCCCUGCCAAGUCUGGCUUACAGCCAUCAGCAGCCAGUCCAGCCAGAGCGAAAGCUGUUACCGUCUCAACAGACCGUGGAGGAGAAAGAACAGACAACCCUUUCAGAUAAGCCUCCAGCUGAAGAGCUCGCCCUAAACUCCUCACACUUGGCCGUUGUUCAGCACGUGUCCAAUCCAUCCGAGUUUUGGAUCCAAACCGAGAACUACAGAAAAGAUUUGGAGGAAUUGUUGGACCGUAUCUACCAGCUGUACCGGGAUUCAGGGAAGACUCACGCGGUGAAGUAUCCAGCUCCUGGGCUCUACUGCGCCGCGCAGGCACAAGACGGUGAAUUCUACAGAGCAACUGUGACAGAGGUCGGCGAGACCCAAGUCACGGUGUUCUUUGUUGAUUACGGUAACACGGAAGUGGUGGAGAAGAGUAAAAUCCGGACCCUCCCCCCUGAAUUCAAAAAGACUCCACAGCUGGGUUUGAAAUGUUCCCUUGCUGGGGUCAGACCAAAAGAUGGGAAAUGGAGUCAACAUGCUUCAGAAUAUUUCACCGAAGCAGUCGCAGACAAGCAGCUCAAAGUGCAUGUGAAAGAAAAAUAUAGAGACUGCUAUGUCGUCCAGCUGACAGAUCCUGGGGUGCAGGGGGAGCAAGAUGUUGCUACACAAAUGUGCAAUAAUCGCCUCGCUGAAAGAACAGAGAAUCCAAGGCCAGCCUUAGUCAGAGGUGCGGGGAAGCCUUCCAGUAUUCCUCCAGCGCAGCUCGCUGACGCAGGACUCCCAGAGGUGCGUAAGCAAAGUGGACUAUCUUUCAAGUCCAUGAUUGGGCUUCACAACGCUGAGACAAGAGUCGCUACCUUUAAGGAGCAAAUGUUUCCCAUCGGAAGCGUCCUUGAUGUCAACGUUUCUUACAUUGAAAGUCCAAAUGACUUCUGGUGUCAGCUGGUUCAGAAAGCUGGGCCUUUGAGGUCGCUUAUGUACGACAUGCAGGCCUACUAUGCAGCCAGUGAGUUUGAGCCCAACGUCGACGCUGCCUGUGUAGCUCGUCACCCUGAUAAUGGAAUGUGGUACAGAACUCUGGUUAUCCGCAAACUUGAAAGCGCUCAGGUGAUUGUGUUGUUUGUCGACUAUGGGCAGACUAUGACGGUCUCCCUCUUCGACCUGAGAAAGAUAUGUCCAGCGUUCCUAACGCUCCACGGUCAGGCCUUUCGAUGUAGCCUGUUGAACCACAUCAAUCCGACAUCUCCCAUUAACGAGUGGAACCACAAAGCAACGGAGAUGUUCCAAAAUUUCGUUAAAAGCGCCGACUCCAACUUCGUCAUCCUCAAGUGCACCAUUUAUGCCGUCACGUACUCCGAGCAGAUGGUCCUUCGCAACAUUGUGGAUCUAGAGACUCCGUUUGAAAGCAUCUGCACCAGUAUGGCCGACCUGGUCACAAGUGUCCCUUCCAAGAUGCCUUCCGGGGCGUCUCUCCGUUUGGACACGUACUACUACUCGACACACAACAUCAAAGUUGGCACAGAGGAGCAGGUCACAGUGUCGUGGGUGAGCAACGUCAGCGAGUUCUACUGCCAUCUUGACAGGAAUGCUGACGUGAUGAAGGAUCUCACAGUAAAGGUGAACGCUCUCUGCCAGCAGCUUGAGAAGGCGAAGGUCCCGACGGUCUUCGGAGCCUUGUGCUUUGCGAGGUACACGGAUGGACAGUGGUACAGGGCUCAGAUCAAAGCCACAAAACCAGAACUACUUGUCCACUUUGUGGAUUACGGUGACACGGUUCAGGUGGACGCGUCUGACCUGCUGCCCGUGCCCAAAGAGGCGAGCGACAUCAUGUCUGUGCCCGUGCAAGCGGUUUUGUGCGCGCUGUCCGACGUCCCUCCCGAUGUUCCCGUUAAGGCAAAUGAGUGGUUUGAGAAAACGGCGACAGAAUGCCAGUUCCGUGCCCUGAUAGUGGCCAAAGAAGCUGAUGGCAAACUACUGGUGGAGCUGUACCACGGACACACCCAGGUUAAUGCGAAGAUAAAGAAAACCUUUCAGAUUGAGAUGCAGGAAGAGCAGGUUAUCUACCAGAGUUGGAAACCGUCCGAGGCCCCAGCAUCUCAUGCGCCGAAGAGGACUUUACCAAACCGAGCCACGGACAGUAAACUUUAUGAACAAGUCCCCAGAAAAAACUUCCCUAUCACAAAGCCUUCAAGUCAAAUCAAGACUGGUGGCAACUUUGCUGAUGAGAAUCUCAGGCCUGCAAAAACUCCCCCAGGUCAACAAAGCAGAUUACCUCCCCGAGAGCUGUACAGACCUCCACAUCAAAGGCAGCCGAACAGAACGGCGACUAAGGAUGGUGCUAGCGAAGCUAACGCUGGGCUGGAACCCACAACAGUCAGCCCUCCCCCUGAAGCUGAACAGUUCAUCCCAGAAUCACCCGGCACAAAAUCCCAGCAGGGAAACGCAGCCGAGAAGCUCCCAAAACUGUCCGACCUCCCGUCGAGAUGCAUCGCCCCCGGUUCAGCCGCGGACGUUUACGUCUCUCACUGCGACGGCCCGCUGAGCUUCUGUGUGCAGCGUGUCGACGAAGAGGACGCAAUGUUCUCUCUGGCGGAGAAGUUGAACGAUCCAUCUUCAACACCAGAAGCCAGCAUCAACGGAGACGUGCAGCCGGGGGACCUGGUCAAAGCGGAGUUUGCGGACGACCUGUCAUGGUACCGAGCGGUCGUCAAAGAAACCAGUGAAGACGCCACGGCUCUAGUUGAGUUCAUCGAUUUCGGGAACACGGCAACGGUGGCCGCUUCCAAAUUGGAACGACUCCCCCAGUCUCUGCUGCUGCUGCCGGUUUAUAGCACGCGCUGCAGGCUGCGUGGCGCCGCGCUCCUGGGGGAGGAGAAGGCGCUCGAUCCGCACGCGGCGUCCGCUUUUAAAGAAGACGCGGGCAGCGGUGGAGACAAGGUGCUCAAGUGUCGGUUCAUUGAGCGGGUGGGGUCCGUGUGGGAGGUUGGUCUGGAAGAGAACGGCGUGGAUCUCUGGUGUAAAGUGUCUCCAGAGAGCAGAAACAUCGCCGGGGAGAGACUAGCAACGGAGGAGUUUAUUGAAGUGGAGUCUGAGAGACCACCAGUGCGACCCUGCACUCCAGGCUACGCACAUCAGAAGGAGGUUCUAGAGGGGCAGAAGCUAGAGGUGUACAUCUCAACCAUCAAUGAAGAUCAGACCUUUUGGUGUCAGCCUGCUGAUUCACAGGAGCUCUGUAAGAUAACGUCAGCAGUUUCAGAGGUUGGCAACGCAGCCGACGCACGGAUUCAUCCAGACGGUCUACUCCCGGGGACGCCAUGUGUGGCUCUGUUCGCUGACGACCAGCUUUGGUAUCGCGCAGAAGUUGUGGAUAAAAACGAGGACGAGCUUUCUGUCCUUUUUGUGGACUACGGCAACAUGUCGCAGGUCGGCGUUACCGAUGUCCGGGCGGUGCCGCCCGCCUUACUGGAAGUCCCACCCCAAGCGUUCCUGUGUGAGCUGGAAGGCUUCAACUCUUUGCGCGGACGCUGGACAGACGGCGCGGCAGAUGAGCUGUCCACGCUUACAGCAGACAAGCUGUUACAGCUCACUGUGGCCGCAGUGAGCACGACAGGAGGGAGACUGAAGUGUGUGGUAGAGCUGGAGUGUGAGGGCCAGGCGAUAAGUGCAGCAAUGCGUGCCUACUGGGAGGCUUUCACCACGGCAGAAGCGCCCGAUGCCGGGGCGUCGAUCGGAUCGCCUGAACCGCCGCAGCAGCUCGACUCAACCAGAGCUAUGCUGGAGCUUCACGACAAGCCUGACGUGCGAGGUGCCAGCGAUGCUGCUUGCACGGCGUCUCCGGGUGGAUACAGCGAAGAACGAGGUGCUGAGGAGCUCAGCGCCUCCCCAGCAGAACACCAGGUCUUGAAGUUAGUCGGCAGUCCAAAGCGCAGUGAGUGUUCUGAUGACCCGAACGCUGAGGAGUCUUUGCUGGAGUCUGCUGAGGAGGAGCGAGACUCCAGUGAAGGGGCGACCGCGGUCCCUGAAGAUAUGUUGUCCUCUGAUGGCGGCAUAGAUGAAGCCUCGCAACUCUCAGUUGACCUCAAAGAUGACCAAGACACUCUGAGCCAAAAUACCAUGGAGGUCGCUGGCCAAGAUGGCGAGGAAGAAGAGGCCUCGGUGCUUCACGCUGAAGAGCCGGAGGAUGAUUCCGACCCGAUGGAUGAUGCUGCAGAGGAGGAGGAGGAGGAGGAUCUGGAGACUGGAGCUGGUGACGGGGGCGAGUUUUUUACUUCCACCCACAGCUUGGACAUGGACCCUGCUGACGCUCCAGCUGUGGUAACAGAUGAAAGGGAUGUUGCUAGCGUACAUCCUGACCCGAUGACCCGUCCAUCAGACGCAAACAUGCUCAGUGUAGAUCUCAGCGCGGUCACGGAACUUCAAGAAAAUGUUUUAAAAGAGGGAACAGAUUCCUCCAAACAGACUGAACCAGUACCCUCCUCUCCUACGGUCCUAAUUCCGCUGUGUGAGCAGGAGACCGAGGCUGGAGAGGGCAGUCUACAGGAGGGCCGGACACAAGUGAAGGAGACGACUCAGAAACAAGAGGCCGAUGUGGCAGGGGAAGAGGCAGCUCCAGCUCACCCCGCCGACACCCAGCCAGCUUUGCUCCAACACCCAGCAGCAGACAGAAGUGAAGAGCACCACAGCACGGUCCCCUCUGCAGAAACGGAUGAGGAUCCUGACGAUGGGCCCUGCUCCCUGGCAGAGACGCGUCCUGCAGAUCCGGAAGAACCGAGUCGUCACGAAGAGAUGAGUGCAGGAACAGAUGGCCUGAGCGACGGCACGGCGGAGGAAAGGCUCCCUCGCAUCGCCGAGAGUUCCAACAUGGCGGCCGUUUCUGAAGGAGAUGUUGCUCCGCUGAUAAAAGACGUGCGUGAGAGGAUGGUGCCUGCUGAGGAAUCAGAUAUGGUGCAGGAGGAAUCAGGAGAAGGUCCAGCAGGCAGCACAGCUGGAAGAGCCGGCGUUCCCCUGCAGGGCGAGGCGCCGCGUACCCCCGGUCCUGACACGGCGGUAGAAUCCUCACGGCCGGACAUCCUUCCCCUGGUCCGCGACGCGUCUCUGACCCGUCACUGUGACCCUGUCUUUCAGGACGGCUCAACGCUUGAAGACGAGACCUUUACCAGCGAGGUUUUGCCAGCUGACGUGGAGCCGCACAUCUGCACAGAUGUGAGGAACAGCUUUGAAGAGUUGAGGCGUUUUGCCUUUGAGAUCCGCUUGGAAGACGUCUCUCAGGACUCGGAGCAAGAAGCUGAAAUGAACGCAGACUGUACGUCUGAGCAGACCUCCUCUCCACUGAACAAGUUUGAUGACCCCGCUCUGUCCGAGGAAAGCUCCUUGUCUGCAGAGGACAGCUUUGAGGCCCAGCUGUCCAAGAUAACCCACCUGUCUCUGAUUAUAUACGACGGAGCUGCUGAUGCUGAGCUGGCUGAGCAGCAGCCAGAGGAGUGACCACCUUUUGCUCUACGGCCUCAGAUGUGAAGUUGAUCAGCUACUUGUGUUUUGUUUGAAAUCGGUUAGCUCUGCUCGGCCGUAGCGCCAGUCCUGGUUUUUCGUUGACUCAGCAGGUCCCGUUUCCUCUGGGAGCUAAUGUCACGUUUUCAUUGUUUUCUAAAA